GCGAAAUUCACGACGAUUCGCGCUCGCCUACAUUGCAUACGGAAAGGAGAGCCGACGCUGGGAGCGACGACUACGAGCGACGAGCUCUAUCGGACGCCUCGGUGCCGGGGCCGGAACCGGAGCCGGGGCCGGGGCCGGGGCCGAGGCCGAGGCGCCGUUGCACGUCAACGGACGGAGCAGCGUUGCCACCUCCUCGUCGCGGUCGCGGCUACCACUGGUGCCACCACCGCCGCCGCCGCCGCCGCCGCCACCAUCACCACCGCCGUCGCACCGUCGCUGCCACGUCCACCGCUACGUUCUACCGCCGGGAACGGCGACGACGACGACGACAACGAUUACCUCUGCCACGCUGCUGCUGUUUCAGCACAAGUUAACAACAUGGAAGCAAAGGAGAGGGAAAAGCCAUUGGUCAAAGACUUGAACGAACAUAUCGUGUGUCCCCUGUGCAGAGGAUACCUCAUAGACGCUACGACUCUUGUGGAAUGUCUGCACUCCUUUUGCAGAGGCUGUAUCGUUCGACGUCUAAGUAAUGGCGCCCGUGCGUGUCCUGUGUGUAACGUCGCAGCGUCACCGCCGCUUCUGCCAGAUACACGGCUUCAGCGACUGAUAUACCUCGCGGUACCUGGUCUCUUCCGGUCGGAACUCGAACGUAGAUGCCACUUUCGUCUAGUAAAUCCACAAUGCCCGCCAUUGGCAACGCCUGUAGGCGCCCUCGAACUCACCUUGGAGGAUCUCGUCAGUUUGAGCUUGCGAGAGCUAGAGGAAGAACAGAUGCCAAAGAAAAGACAUGACUUAUCGAAGAACGAGAUGUUGACGGGGGACAAGAUGGACACUGACGAAAGGACGAGAUAUCUCAAAUGUCCAGCCGCCGUGACAGUACGACAUUUGGCGAGACUGUUGAUGCUAAAGAGAGGGUGGGAAGAGGCUAACGCGACCAUUAACGGUGUCAAUAAUAGGAUAGAAAUUAUGUACCGAAAAGAUGAAACACAAUACCCUGAUAAGGAAAGCAUGUGUCCGCUAAAUCCUUCUUGGACACUUUUGGAUCUUGCUUGCAUAUUUCAGUGGAAAAAGGAGGCACCAAUGAGGCUAUUCUACCGAGUGUUACGAAAUGAAGAGUCUGGUCCGAUCUCGAAAGUUUUUUCAUACAAGGACGACGCGAUCAAAGAUGUCCUGCCAAUAAUUGAAAAUAUACCGCGACCACCAACCCCACCACCGAGUCCCAAUCCUAGUCGUGAGCAGAAAGAGGAAGCUCGUAGCAUGGAUCCACCUCGAGUUCUCGAGAUAAACGUUGAUAAAGAAACAAAAACGAAAAAGCCACGCUGUGAGGUAACACCUGUUAUGCGUACCCCAGACCCACCAGCGACAACUGAACUAUCGACAAACGAUCGUCGUCAGUCGGAAACCGUAAGAACCAAGAAUAUGACAAGGUUGGAGCAUCGGAAGCGACGCAAACGGCGAAAUAAACGGGUGAUCGCAGAGAUCACCACGAUGCCGCGUGAAGAUCUUUUGAAGUUUAAGGUCCGUUUGACGCCGUGUCCUCCAAGGAUUACUUCCGGAGCGACAGGCGGUGGGGGAAGUGUUGGGGGCGGAGGUGUUGGUGCAAACAAUCAAACGAAAGAGAAACUAUUGCAGAUGCGUGCGGUUAGACGUGAUAAGAUGAAGACGAUUGUCCAGCAGCGAUCAGCAGCGAGUCCGUUAGCUCGGGAAGAAAUUAAAUCCAAGGAAUGCGCCGUAGCAGAGGCGGAAGAAACAAUCGAGGAUAUCAUCGACAGUAUUCCUGACGAGGUCUUGCGUAUCGCCCAGAAUCUUAGUAAUCAAAACGAGGAAAAUAAAUCUAAGGAGUGCACCGCGGCGGAAAAAAUCACUAGUAAGGAGAUAAUAGAACCGACUAAAACAUCGAAAAGUGACGAACCAGAGAGACCAAAGAAAGACGAAGAAAUUCUGCGACGAUUGGGCUUGGUAGCCGUCAACGAGGCCGGUGGUGAUAAAACAACAAGGCAACGCACGCAGAGUAGUGCUGACAAGACGAAUCGCGAGAAGCUGGAGAAACAGUUGCGUGAAAGCAAGGCGAAUCGCGUGCGAAGCUUAUUAGCAGAAAAACAAAUGCGAGACGCACUAAAGACCAUUAUGUCAACAAAGGAAGAACUGAUGUCGUCCGUCAUUAAGACAUCAGCGUCAAUUCUUACUUCCGUUUCCACUGCUGCCACUGUCGCAACACCUGCGCCAGCCGCGGCCGCACCGGUAAUGUCAAAGAAGAAAGAACCACCGCCAUUAACACCUCUACGUGUCGCAAAACCUUCUGGUUUUGCCGCGACCAGUGUAAUAGUAUCAAAUAUCACUUCCAAGUAUGAAACUCCGUUGGAUCUUAGCAGUGGUGGUAUCACCGUCAAUGAUAAUGUCCUUGAUCUGUCUGCUACGUUAUCUAGUGGCGGUCAGUCCACUCUUCCAUCUUUCUCGUCCUCUUCCUGCUCAUCUUCCUCCUCCUCUUCUUCUUCUUCUUCCUCAUCUUCCUCCUCGCCAUCGUCAUGCUCGUCUUUACCGUCGUUGCCGUCAAGACUGUCAGCACGAUCUAACAUUGCUGCAAGUUUCUGCAAAUCUAAGGAGCUAGAACAACAGCGCGGCAAGGGACAACAGGAAUCGAACUUGAAGACUCUCUCGGAUGCUGCAGUGUCACGCUUGAGCGGCGAUUUGACCGAAAAGAAUUCGACAGAAUCGUUAACACUAGCUUCCGCGAAUGUAAACGCUGCCACCAGUAAGGUCGCUCUGCGCAUACCGCAGCCACAUCAUCGCAUUUCUGGUUUUGGCAUGAAAAUCAAGCCGAAUCAUCAAGUUCGUCACAUCCCGAAUCCCCAAGCCGUCGUGGUCUCCCAAUAUCGUAAUCAAAAGUUACUUCAACGCAGUUAUUUCAAUGUCGUCCAGAAGCCACCGACUGUGCGAGGAUUCCGAGUUCGCGGAAAGUGAGUUGCGGGUUCGAGUCACUCAAAGAUAUCUGUAGCAAGUUUAAUAUUUAUUAUAAUCGAAUAAGUCUCUUCAAGUUAUCAGCAACAAAGCUGACCGUAUAUUUUUUGUUAUGUAUAUUUUUAUUAAAAACUUAUAUCGUGUUUACAAUUUAUCAAACUCUUAUUGUAAGGGAAGAAUACAUUUUAGUUUAAAAAAAAUUCCUUGUGAUGUUCUAUUACAGCGUUUUAUUAUUGUUGAAUUAUUUUAAUUGCUUGUUUGUUGAUUUAAUUGUAUAUGUAUAUAUAUAAUGUUCUUAAAAUGUUUGUCUUGUUGGAAAAAUAUUUAGGAAAUAUUUAUAUAAUUACAAUAAGUGUAUGUAAUUUACAUAAAUCUCCCAAAGAUGUAAAUAAUAAAAUUUCAUUCGCGAUUGAAGCGGAAUUGAAUCACAUUUGUCUGUGUUACGUUAACGUUACUUUUAAGAAAAAUCUAUCCGAGACUCGAACUCGUAUGAGUCAUUUUUCUCGAGCGUAUGCACGGGCCUACGUGGAUGAUUUUUUUUCUCUCAGAAUUUAUGGUUAAUAAAAUAUGUGUAUAUAUAACAAUGUAUGUGUAGAGAUGCCAAAGAACGCCUGAGAACGUGUGCAAUGUAUUAGUGCAAUUUAAUUAUUAUUUAAUGUAAAUGUUUAAUCGAAUUAGCGAUUAUAAAAGAUAGAUAGAUAGUAUUCAUACGAACACAUGAAUUUGUGAUUCUCAGAAGGAACUUCGCAGCAUAUAUAGACAUCUAAAAGACAAGAUGUUUUUUUACAACAGCACAUUUUUGUGGAAUUUAUAAAAAAAUUUAUUAUGAAAUUAGAUUGCAGAAUUAUCGUUGCAAAUCGCGGCUGUGCACUUCAGUGUACGACGAUGACCAAGAAAAGUAGUUUGAUUGACAAACGCAUAUAGGUCUGGCAAAAUAAAUGGUAAUAUAAAGGAAAAAUAUUGUAAAUUCCAUUUGGAAGAAUCAAACUUUUUUAUCAAGUUUUAUUAAAUUCUUUUAAAUUCGAGUGAUGUUUUGUAAUUCCUAUAUUAAAAUAAUUCUCGCAGCGUACACUUAUAUUUUUAUAUUAAAAAAGUUCAUAUUUUCAUAAUUUUUCUUUCGCUAUUGAAUUAGAAACGGCAAAUAUAACAAAACUAAACAUUUAGCAUAUUUCUAAUUUAAAUAUUAAAAAUACAACAUUUGUUAUCAGAGUUAUCUAAAUCUAUAUUUGCGGUAAAAGUCUUUUAAUUUCAUAAAAAAUCUUAAAAUUAAAAAUAUGAAUUUUGCUUCUUAUGUAUGUGUAUAAUGGAAUACGGGAUAUUGUAACAAGUAAUAGAUCCUGAUCUAGACCCCUAGUAUCUUAAAUAGAGACUUAUAUAUUGUAAAGGUAAAAAUCACUGAAUCAUAAAUUAUAAAAAAUAUCUCAAAUAAAAUAUUCUAAUACAUUUGAGGAAAAAAUGACCAAUCGCAAAAUAUAGCAUCAGACGAUAGACAACGUAAAAUUUUUGAACCUUUUCUUAUUAUACAGAAAUUUAUUGAAUAAUUAUCAAAAAUAUUCUGUAUAUAUUAACAAUUAUAUAUCAAAGUGCGAUUUGCAGCGAAUGAUAAAAUGUAGGAGUAUUCGUAAAAUCCGAUUUUAUUUCCACACGCGUUUACAAUAUAAGAUAUAACCGAUGUAAUUCCUCUGUCAUAACACGUGCAUUGAAAACAUUACAAGUUCAUACACGUGACAUAAUGUGAACCAAUUACGAUUUAAAAAAUAAAAAUGCGUAUUCAAUAAGAAAUUAUUCAAAAUGGUCUUAAAUUUUUUUGAACGAUCACUCUUCCUUAUCGUCAUUUAUAAUCAUAAUUUUUAAAGCUCUUUUAAACAAAACUAAUUGUAAGAUAAUUAGCUUGGAAGCUUAGAAAAUAAUUUUUAAUAAUUAUAAUAAUAUAUUUUGAUAUAUUUUAGAAAAUUGACUGAAAUAAAAUUUAUCAUAAAGAAUUUUGCAAACUGCUGGAUUAUUAAAUGCUUCUAUAGUACAUGUUAAUAUUAUGUGUACAUGGAUAUAUAUGUAUAUAUAUAUUAUAUAUAUAUAUUUAUUUAUUGCAAUCACUUGCUGGAAACUCUCUAUAUCUAAUAUUGCAAUGUCUUUCGUAUUUACAUUAUUUUCAUGUACCAAAACGCGAAGUGCAAAUUUGAUAUUUUCACCAAUAUACACGCUUUUUGUAUUUACUAUCUAAUUUUAUAGAAUUUCAAUACUAUGAAUUGCUAGAAUUUUCGAAUAAAUAAAUACUUUCAAAAUAUAUUUAAUAUAUUUAAAAUUCAAAGUAUUUCAUAAUAUGAAAUCAAUUUAUAGUAUGAAAAAUAAUCCACCAUAAAAUGCAUUAUAAUGCAUUUUAUUAUUGUAAGUUUUGAUACCAAAUUGCAAGAGAUUGCAUUUUCUUGGUUUUGAUUUAAUUUAUCGCAAAUAAAUCAUCAAUUAAUAAUGCAUGUAUAAUAAACGAAAAAAAAAACAUAUAGCAUUUAAUUUUUAUUUAAAAAAUCAAUGUAAACUUGAAUAGUCAUUUUUCCUACAAAUUUUAGAGUAAAGAUGUAAUUAUUUUCCCAUACAUUUUCCUAACAUUUUUAUUAUUAUAAAUAAUAUUUUUACGUAUUUAUUUUUUUUUUAAUAAUGAUAGAAAGUAAUCAAUAAUGCAAACAAAAUUUAUUCGUAAGAGAAGUCAUUUAAGAUUAUAUAUAAUUAUAUAAGUAACGAAUACGAAUGAUAUUGAUAUUAAAUAAGUUUAUUGCAAUAACAACAUAGACAAAUGAUAUUCAUUUUCAAUGUGAGAAGUGUGAAAUGAAGAAAUAUUGAUAAUAAAAGCAUAAAUACAUAUAUUUCACUAUUAAAAUUAGAUUCAACAACAAUUAGAUUAAUCAGAAGUAUAAAUUGUUGCAAAAUUAAUUAAAAAAUUAAGAAAGAAUACUUAUUAAAAAA